UGGUGGAAUGGAACCUGAUCAGUGGCCAAUCGAACAACACAGCACUCCCCAAACUCAUACCACUCUUCGAGAAACUAGAAGGCUAUCAACGCAUGCUACGGAUCACUUCCUACUGUAGGCGCUUUCUUCGAAACUGUCGCCGUGCCACCAGAAAAACAUUCAUCAAGAACGAAUCAUUCCUCCAAGCAGAAGAGAUCAAGGCAUCAGAAGGCAUUCUCAUCGCUCUAAUACAGCAGCAAACUUUUCCGCUCGAGUGGGCACAACUAAGUGAGAAACGACCACUUUCCACCAAAUCAAGACUCCGUUGGUUCAGCCCGUUUAUGUCCGACGAAGACGUCAUUCGCAUUGGAGGUCGACUGAGCAAUGCACAACAGUCAUUUGACAGCAAGCAUCAAAUUCUGUUGCCAGCAAACCAUCUGUUUUCGUUUCUCCUGGUAAAACAAUUUCACGAACGAAACCUCCAUGCACAUCCACAACUUCUUCUCGCCCUUCUACGCAACCGCUACUGGAUCAUAGGGGCCAGGAGCUUGGCGAGAAGGGUAGUCCACACCUGCGUCGCUUGCUUCAGAGCUCAACUAAAGAAACUGGAGCAGUUUAUGGGCGAUUUACCUCGAACUCGUGUAACAGCAUCCCGGCCAUUCGCAGUAACAGGAGUUGACUACUGGGGACCAUUACUUCUUCGACCAGUUAACCGACGAUCAGCAGCAAGGAAGGCUUAUGUAGCAGUUUUUGUGUGCUUUUGCACUAAAGCUGUGCAUAUCGAAUUAGUGGUGGAUCUAACUACAGCAAAGUUUAUGCAAGCAUUUCGACGAUUCACUUCCCGCCGAGGAUUUUGUUCGGAAAUAUACAGCGACAACGGUCGUAACUUUGUUGGCGCCUCCAAUGAACUGCGAAAUUUCCUACGCAGCAGCAACUACAAACAAGCAUUUGCCAUCGAAUGCACCAGCAACAAUAUCAAAUGGCACUUUAAUCCGCCGAAGACCUCCCAUUUUGGCGGUUUAUGGGAAUCUGCCAUUUCAUCAGUUCAGAAGCAUCUUUUUCGAGUCCUGGGGCAACACAAGCUAGACUACGACGACAUGGAGACGUUACUAAUCCAAAUCGAAGGUUGCCUCAACUCCAGACCCAUCAUUCCUAUCAGCGACGAUCCGUCUGACCUCCAGCCGCUCACACCGGGACACUUCCUACUUGGAUCGCCCUUGAAAGCAGUUCCGGACGUGGAUUUAUCAUCCAUUCCGUUCAACCGACUCCACCGUUGGCAACAGGUUCAAAAAAUCGUGCAGGACGUGUGGAAACGAUGGAGCUCUGAGUACUUAUCAUCGCUGCAACCGCGCACAAAAUGGCUAAAGCCUCCGGUUGUUAUUGAAAAGGGUAGGCUGGUGAUACUUCGUGACGAAAAUUCUCCACCCACGCACUGGCCUACAGCACGAAUCACGGAUCUACACCCUGGAGCGGAUGGGAUCACACGGGUAGUGACAGUGCAAACUUCAGACGGGCAGUACAAGAGACCCGUUUCUAAAAUUUGCCUGCUUCCUUUGCCAUCAACUGCGACUACGACAGCAGGAGAUUUUCAAAAAUGUUCGGAAACUGAUCCAACAACAUCCAGCAGUACGACCGUCGAGACAAACCUGCAAUAACAUUACACCAGACAUAUAUUAUGUCUGGAUCAGCCAUCAUCAAUUGCUUUUCGGAUGACGUAUGACUAUCAACACCCGCAGCGUGAAAUCGACUACGUUACCAACUACUACGAGGCAACCAACCAGCGUUCUUAUGUCUACGAAUAUCGUCAGAAAGCGCGUUUCUGAAGGGGUCAGCAUGUUCGAUGCCCGGAGAAGAUAACUGCAACAUCUGUACGUUAGCUUUCCUCGCACAUCGAAUACAAUCCCUUGUUCAUCGAAAUCGAUGAACAUGUCAAAUGACAAGUCUGACGGAGGCCAUACUAAACGUCAUGGAGACCAUAACGCUUCCGUUGAACUCAAUAUAAAAAGGCCUUCGAGACGACUCAUCCUCCUUCUUUACCUCUCUGACGGCUGAAGAACGUCAGCCUUUGAUU